AUGGAACUCUUGGAGGAGGAUGCCAAUGCGGUUUGCGACUCGCUGCUUGAGGAGGAUUGGGAUAUACUUAAAAAAGUGUGUAAUGGCACAGCCAUUAAAUGCGAACCUAAAGAACAGCAGGAAGAAAGCAACCAUUUUGAGUCAAGUCUGGACUUCUCCACGGUGGAGGAGUCCUGUACAUUGAGACGCUAUCCGGUGCGUCUGUCUCGCAGUAAAAGGAAUGAGCAAUCAACUCAGGCGAGUCAAAUCACUACUCAGUCCUCGCAAAAUAAGACUCAAUCUAUGAAGAGUCUCUUUCAUUGCUCGGAUUGCUCAGGAUUUUUUAAUAGCAAUCACAAUCUGCAGGCACAUAAACCCUUGUGCAAGCGCAAACGUUCUUACGCAUGUCAUCUUUGCUGCAAGUACUUUACCCAAAGCCAUCAUCUAAGAGAUCACUUACUUGUGCACGCCGGCGAGCGCCCACACAAGUGCGCCCACUGCCCUAGAUCUUUUAUUCAGAAGUCGAAUCUGCAAGCCCAUAUACAUAUACAUACGGGAGAGAGUCCAUACAAGUGUAACGAUUGUGAAAAGACCUAUGCCCGAAACUAUGAUCUCAAAGUUCAUAUGCAUGUUCAUCAAGUAAAGCGUCCUUAUCCGUGCAGUCUCUGCUCAAAGGGUUUCCUUCGACGCAGAGAUCUUGUGAGACAUAUACGCGUUCACACCGGCGAUCAACCGUAUAAAUGUACCCAGUGCCCGAUGACUUUUUCCAGAAAGGAUCAACUCAACAUCCAUAUAUCAACAUAUCACACUAAUGAGAACAGUAAAUCGCCGCCGGUGCGUAGAACGAGAUUGAGGGCAAAGAAUUGA